UUCCCUUCCUGUUUACUGGGCAUGCGUAGAGAAGGACGGCCGAAUGUUUGUAUGGCGACGAGCAAUGCCUCUUCCACAUGUAGUAAUGUUUCACUUCCAGAACACCUUGUUUUAAAUCUGUAUGAAAAAAAUGCAGAAAUAAUUAUAUUAUUAAGGUAUGGCAUUUUAAAUCUGACCUUCUGCCAAAACUUCUUUCAAUGCAAAGGAUUUCUCAGUAAUUGGUAAAUGAAAUUUGCCAAAAUUUUAAGUCUGGGUGACAAGCUAGUGUCCUUAGUUCAGUCUGGACCAGAAACAAUACUUUGCAGAUGCGAGAACUCCGUUAUUUGAAGACUUCAUCUUGUUUCCAAGACACUUUUGAGACGGCAAACAGUUAAACAUGUCACUUUUUAAGACUCGAGAUUGGUGGUCAACUCCUGUUGGAGAGGCUGAAGAGUUUGAUCAUGGCUGCCUGUGUGUUGCAAAUAUUGACAAUGAAGUGAAUGGCUAUGAUAAGAUAAUUCUUGGGAGCUACCAUGGAAUCCUUAGAAUUUACAAUCCUCAACCACAAAAGACAGAAAAUGGAUGGAGUGGAUAUUCAGCAGAGGAUGUUAUUUUGGAGCAAGCUUUUCAGCAGCCAAUACUACAGGUUGAGGCGGGAAGAUUUUCGUCAGGCUCAGAUAAUUUGGUCCUAGCCAUUCUCUUUCCAAGGCGGCUAGGUGUUUACAGCAUAUCAGCGGUUGCUGGAACAGUUCAGCAUGGGAGUCAGUAUAAAUGUGAAGUUCUUUAUGAACACACCCUACAGCGAACAGCUUACAAACUGUGUAGUGGUCCCUUUGGAGGUGUUAAAGGAAAAGACUUCAUCUGCUUACAAUCUAUGGAUGGAACUUUGUCUAUAUUUGAGCAAGAAAGUUUUGCCUUCAGUCGUUUUCUACCAGGUGCCUUACUGCCAGGACCUAUCAAAUACGUUCCUCGACUUGACAGUUUUGUUACAGUUUCAUCAUCAUGGCAAGUAGAGUGUUACAAGUACCAGGUGUUAGCUGUUGCUUCAGACUCUGCUAGGAAAGAAGAAUCACAGAACAUUCGCACAGGAAAACGAGUUACAUUUGACUGGUGUUUCAAUAUCGGAGAGCAGGCUCAAGAUAUAGCUGUCAUAACAUUUCCACAAGCUCCACCUUCUAUUCUGAUAUUAGGAGAAAGAAAUAUCUUUUGCCUGACUGAGACAGGCAACCUUCGUUACAUGAAGAAACUGGAGUAUGAUCCCAGCUGUUUCCUGCCUUAUGCCUCAUUGACAGAGGGAACAAUCAACUACCUUGUAGCCACACAUACAAAGUCUUUGCUUAUCUACCAAGAUGUUACCAUUAGGUGGGCAGCAAAGACAGAAUACACACCUGUCCAGUUACAGGUGGCAAACUUCAGGGACCUAAAUGGUUGUAUUGUGACAGUCAGUGAUGCAGGGCACCUCAGCUGUGUUUAUUUGGGUACAGAUCCAGCCAUAUUUGUUCCACCUCAAGUGGAUUCACGGGAAUUGAAUUAUUCUAAGAUGGAUGCUGAAAUGUCAGUCUUGCAGCAGAAAAUCCGAGAGAAGGGUGGCAAGUCUGUAAUUACUCCAAACCGCAACAAUGAGGAGGAUCUUCAAGUUAAUGUCCAUGUUGGUCCAAACCUGGAUGAUAUUUCAGCAGCAACUGGUAUGGAGAUUCCAGGUGAAGCUAGUGUCCCAUCAAUAACUGUGCGGAUACAGCUCAAAUCAAGAUUACUGAUAGAAAAUGUGAAGGUGGAUAUUUGUGCUCCUUGGCCUCUGGCAACAAACCAGAAUGAAUUUAAUGUCCCUUCAGUUGAACCAAAGAUGCCUAGUGAGCUUUUUGUGGCAGUAUUUCAGCGUGGCAGUUCCCUUGUUGCACACCUUUUUGUGCAGAUUUCUGUUCAGUACCAGAAUGCAUCAGGGACACGGAGAAUCAGCACGGUGAAAGCAGCUCUACCUGCCAGCUUAGUAAUGAAAGCAGUACCACCUGUCAAAACUGCUGUCCACAAGCUUACUGUAGACACGAACAAACCUCCUGUCAAUCUCAAUGACAUCUUUCCAGAAUUGCUGGGAGAAAAUGCUGGUGGACAGGGUGCCGCUCUUGGUUUCCAAAUGUUUGGUGGACCUGUUGUCACAGUUCUGGCUUCUAAAACUUCUCAGCGGUAUCGGCUGCAGUGUGACAGAAUUGAAGCCAUGUGGAUCCCUUUGCAGGAGCUUAUAAAACGUCUUAAUAAGCAUUUUAAUCGUGGCAAAAAUGGAGAUUUCAGAGCUUCUUUUGAUGGGUCAUUACCCAUGCAAGAAUACUUUGAAUUAAUUGAUAUGCAUUUUGAGUGUCGACUGGGAGUCAGCAGUUGUGCUGAGAUGCUAAACCAACGAGCAGCUCAGUUUAGAGUAAUCCAACGGCGGUUGUUGACCCGUUUCAAGGACAAGACUCCCUCCCCUCUGCAAAAUCUAGAUACUUUGCUGGAGGGUACCUUUAGGCAGAUUCUGGCUCUUGGAGAGGCUGUAGAAGAGAGUAAGAUGUCCCAGGCAGUGGCUGCCAAUAACUUAAGCAGUGCCACCUACUUGUUAAAUUUGCUGAUCCGCCUGUGGUUGAACUUAUCUAAUGAAGAGUUUGCAGUCUUGGAGACCACUAUUAGCCCUGUUGUUAGUGACAGUGCUGAACAGGGCUGGCAGGAGAUGACUGAUGCUGCAGUGACUCACCUUUUACGGACAGUGUUGGCUAAAUCAGCCAAAGAUGCUGCUGUGAAUCCUAGCCCACUGAUUCUUCCUGCAGACACAACCAAAGUCAAGAAACACAUCGCUCUUCUGUGUGAUCGUCUUGGCAAGGGUGCUCGUCUCGUAGAAGGCAUGGCAGACAUGAAAGAAAGAGUAAUCAAGAUGCCAGGUUCAAAAGUCAUUGAAGAGGACAGAGAUGGAGAUGGGGAAAUUGAAACCAAUGUUGUAGUUCCCAGAUAUAGAGAAAAGAUGCACAAAAAGAAGAAAGGAGGACACACACUUAACGAUCUUUCUUCAUUUGGAAUGCCGAUGAGUGAUCAACCCAGUGCAGGCAUGGCAAACGUAAAAGAUCAAAAGAAGAAAAAGCACAUAGAGAGUCUAGUGCCAGACCUGGAAAACAUGACACUGGACAAUGUGAACGGCAGUGAAACUUGCAACACUAUCAAUGGGAACAGUGGCAAGAAAGAUGAUGUGGACCCUGCUUUUGCCUUGUAGCAGUUAAUUGAAGAGGACAGCACUUACAAAAUUUCAGAAAUUAAUAAUUCACAUCCAGCACAACUUUAUAAUCAAGAUUUAUUGAACUGCUGUUGGCUUUGCUUUAUGCCAUGUACAUUAAGAAGAGACCAGAUAUAUAUACAUGUCAGAGGACAAGUUCGGAGUCAAAGAAAAAUGCUGGGAAGAGUGUUUGUGUGUGAGAGAGAGAAAGAGAAAGCAUGCACCCAUAAGAAAACUUAAUGAACAUGUUUAUCAUAGUUUAAUGUUGUUUGAUAACAUUUCAUGCUCCUGAUUACCUUUAUUAGUUAUAAUUUUUUUAUUAGUGUGAGCAUUGUUAAAGGCAGGAAUCUAAAACUGUGAAGUUGAAGCUGUAUAGCUAUGAAUUAUUGAUGUUUUGCAUUUAUUUGCAAGCAUUGCACACUUGAUGGUUAUGAAGCAAAGAACUGCUUUAUAAACCUGGGUACAUAGAUUACAUUUUCUUUUGGGGCACCUGGUAGUGUAGUCUAACGACUUUUCACUCGCUGCAGUGAAAGGUCUUCAGUUCAGAUCUCAUCUUGGAACACUAUGUGGCCAGUUACACAUCAGUGAUAAAAUGUAGCUCUAGUUGGAAGCACAACAAAACAAAAAUACCACAGCAUAUUAAUAUUUGCUGCACCUAAUCAACUCUCAUUCAUGGUUCAGGCUUACAUAAGAGCUACAUUUAUUUGCACAUAGUAACGUUCAGAAGUUGCACAGCCUCAAUCUGUUGGUCCUGCCUGCAGGUAUCGGUGGGGAAAAUUUUAUGUUUUAUUCUAACAGCACAAGUUUGCAUGUAUGUGAUUCCAGUCAACACAGGACAGUAUGCUCGUGAUAAGUGAUUUUUUUUUUGCAUAAAAAUAUAGCAUACUUUUUUUUUUAUGUUCCUUCCAUUUCCUGUAUAUAGAGGCACAUUGGUAUUUCCUAGCAUGAAGAUAUUAUAAUUUCGUGUAGGUAGACUAUGGUAGAAGUGCAAAUUGUUACUUAAUGCUUAAUUAGAACCUCAACUGGAGCACAUAAUGCACCAUAUAAUCUUACAAAUAGCAACCAGUAAAAAAAUACUUUGUCAUAAUGUUAGUUUGCCAACACGUCAGCAUAAACCUUCCUUAAUAAACCAGCAUAUCCAUAAAACUGCACUCAGGUCUAAUAUACUACAUCAAUGUGGUGAUAUAUAAAAAUUAGGAGUUCCUAUAAACCAAUUGAUAGCUCAAUAAUUUAAUAAUGUGAUAGGUCAAGAAAGGUUAGUCAAAAAUUAAAGUCUGCAAAAGUAGAUCACCUUGCAUAUUCAAUAGUUUAUUACAGUUGACCAUUUAGAUCAGAUUUUUGUUGCAUCAAGAUGACACCCCAUGCAGGAGUCUGCUGUAGCAGAUAUGGAAGUAGUCAACUGGCUUUCUAAUAAUUGCAGGUGAUGAUGAA